AAGUGAAUUAGAUUCUACUGUUUUACAAAUAUUAGUAGAUUAUAUUUAUACUGGUGAAUUGAUAAUGACAAAAGAAAAUGUACAGGUAUUAUUACCAGCAGCAAACAUCUUGCAGUUAGAUUUUGUUAUUGCUGCAUGUUCUGAGUUUUUACAAAAACAACUGGAUGCAUCGAAUUGUCUUGGCAUCAGAGCGUUUGCUGACUUACAUAACUGUACGGAAUUGUUAGCGAGUUCUGAAACAUUAAUAAAAAAACAGUUUCUGGAAGUGGUUAAAAGUGAUGAGUUCCUAUCUUUAUCUUCCGAAGAUGUGGUUAAGAUUAUCUCCUGUAAUGACCUUGCUGUUCCAUAUGAAGAAAAAGUAAGUAAACUGCAAUAUUGGUAAUAUAAUUGUAUGGAAAGUAAGUUGAACACAAAGAGUUCUAUAAUAACUAUAAUAUUUUUCUAUGCAUUGGUUGAAAUUGACCAUUCUUGAAUAGUCAUACACAACAAAAAAAUUGUUAUCCUGUGAAUUAGGUAGGUAUAUACUUAAUUAUUGAUAGAUGAGUAUAGAUAUUGCAGUGUUAUAGAAAAAUAAGCUUUAAUGCUACGCCCUAUACCUUUAAAUGUUUAUGUAAGUCCAUAAUAAGUAUCAAAUCUCUAUUAACUUUGAAUCUAGGAUUAAUAUAACACAGAUAAAAACGUUAAGUUAAAGACAACAAGGGUAAAAAUACUUCAAACUUAUUUUAUUUAUAAAUUACAAAAAUUACAGUUUUAGUUAAUUAUGAAAUAUUUUAAUAAUCAACAAAUAUUUUUAUUGAACAAAAAUUUAAAAUUUACAAUCAGGGCCAUAUUUACCAUAACGCAGGAUAGGCAACUGCCUAUGGCCUCCGUUAUUGGAGGGCCUAGGAUUUUUAUGAAGACUAUUUUUUAUUCUUGAGGGUUCUACCUUUCAUUGUAUAAAAUAAAUAUAAGAAACAUAAAAUAUUUAAAAAAAAAU